AUGAAAGCCGCGUUUAUUGCGUUAGAGAAGAGGUCUCUUCAAUACGGCGCAGUAUUCACUGGUUUAUUGGUGGCAUUAUGUUGUGGAUUGCACUUGGGGUGGACAUCCCCGUACUUGCCAGUGCUUCUAAGUGAAGACUCUCCAAUUCCAAUGACCGCAGACGAGUCAUCUUGGGUCGGAACUGUCUACCUGUUGGGCGGAGUGUGCGGUAGUGUUUUACUGAGCGUUUUCGGACGCCUCAUCGGGCGGAAGUCGAUUUUGUUGUGGUCUAGUGUCCCAUUUUGUACGUCAUGGAUAAUAAUUGCAUUUGCAACGACACUACCUGAACUACUAAUCGGCCGCUAUAUUGCAGGGGUGUGUGAAGGGUUGUGUUUUGCAUCCCUGCCGAUUUACUUCAGUGAAAUCUCCGACAAAGAAAUACGUGGAAUGAUAUCGUCCACAGCCUCCAUUACUCUUUUCGUUGGUGUUAUGGUAAUCAAUCUAGUUGGGUCCUACACGACUAUCCAAACUUCAUCUUUGGUUCUCCUGAGUGUACCCCUGCUCCAUCUCCUCACCUUCAUUUGGAUGCCCGAAUCGCCGAAUUAUUUACUAAUGAAAGGAAAAAUCAAAGAGGCAAGACGGAGUUUUGUUGCAUUGAAGGGCACCGAAGACGCCGACCGCAACUUGGACAUGAUAGCCAGAGCAAUCGAAGAAGAAAAUGUAAAUCAAACGAACUUCACUUGCUUGUUGAGGAGAAAUAACAGAAGAAAAUUGGUGACACUGUUCGGCUUAAGACUCGCCCAACAAUUUAGUGGUAUCACCGCAUUUAGCAUAUACGCGCAAAUUCUUUUUAAAGAAGGCGACGCUUCUAUCCCCCCUGUGCUGGGAGUAAUGAUUUUUUAUGGAAUACAACUUAUAUUUUCCAUACUAAGCUCACUACUGGUGGAUAAACUCGGCAGGAGACCUUUGCUCAUGGCAUCUUCAAUUGGAGCAGUCGUUACUUUGCUGGUAGAAGGAGCGUUCUUCUUCGUCCGUGAUUUUAUUAGAGCGGACACUUCCCACGUCUCAUUAUUACCAACGGUGGUAUUGUUUGUGUUCAUAGUCAGUUACAGUUUGGGCUUACAAACCAUGCCCAAUUUUAUGGCGUCUGAACUAUUCCCCACGAACUUGAAGGCGUACGCCUCCACAGUGGCCACUGUGCUAUUGUACGCAUUCGGGGCGAUUUCCACGGAAUUGUUCCAAUUUACCAAAGAUAACUACGGUCUUUUCGUUCCGUUUUGGAGUUUUGCAAUUGUUUGUAGUGUCGGUUCGGUUAUAGUUGCGAUAUUUCUGCCUGAAACUAAAAACAGAACACUGGAAGAUAUUCAAACUGAAUUAAAUCAGCAAACCUCAGGUCCGACAAGUGGUAGCGACCAAGCUCGCCAGGCAGGUGCGGCAGCCACAAUCGAAGGUUGAAGAUCACAGCCUUCAGAAACUUGGUAUUAUUAUUAUUA